GGUAAAUCUGCAAGAAAACCCCAAAGCACAGAGGAGCAGGUGGGAAAGAGGGGUGAGCUUUUCCCCCACUUCUCCUUUAUCCUCUCCCUCUUUCCUACGCCAAGACCCUCGACCAAAACCUAAAAAUCCAUCCUAAACUUCAGUUUCACUGCUCUCAGAAGACAAAUCUUAAUCGUUCCUUCAAAUCCGUCGACAUGAGCAACGAAUACGAUUACCUCUUCAAGCUCCUCUUGAUCGGAGACUCCUCCGUCGGGAAGUCGUGCCUCCUCCUCAGAUUCGCCGAUGAUUCAUAUGUUGAUAGCUACAUCAGCACGAUAGGUGUUGAUUUUAAAAUUCGAACGGUGGAGCUGGAUGGCAAAACGAUCAAGCUGCAGAUUUGGGAUACAGCUGGACAGGAACGGUUCAGGACCAUAACAAGCAGUUAUUACCGAGGUGCACAUGGGAUCAUCAUUGUUUAUGAUGUUACGGAGAUGGAGAGCUUCAACAAUGUCAAGCAAUGGCUAAGUGAGAUUGAUAGGUAUGCAAAUGACAGUGUAUGCAAGCUUCUUGUUGGAAAUAAAUGUGAUUUGGUUGAGAAUAAAGUUGUGGAGACAGAGAAGGCAAAGGCAUUUGCAGAUGAGCUUGGUAUCCCUUUCCUUGAGACAAGUGCAAAGGACUCGAUCAAUGUGGAGCAAGCUUUCUUGACCAUGUCUGCUGAAAUUAAGAAAAGAAUGGGAAAUCAACAUACUUCAAACACAAGUUCCACGAGCACAGUCCGGGUGAGGGGCAGACCUGUUCAGCAGAAGAGCAGCUGUUGCAGUUAGGCAUUUUCUUGGAUACUUAUUCUGCGAUAUAGGUCACCUGCAUAUGGAAAGGCAAGCAAUGCGCAUGUAAAGGCAAUGUAUCACAUUUUGCAUCUUUGAAGACUCUGAAUGGCACUUUACCAAAAAACCAAAAAAAAAAAAUGAGACUCUGGAUGGCCAGUGUCUGGAGAAUGUAUGAUCUGUCUACAGCCAGUUUUUAAGUACCGCAAAGGAGACCAAAUCUGUUACUAGCACACCUAUUCAAAGGCGCUUGUUACGUCUGGGAUAAUAUUCUUGGUACUAUUGGGUUAUUAUAUGCCCUGGAGGAA